AUGGCCCCCCCGCCUAAGGGCCCCCCCGCCCGCAAGCUGCUCUGCAUGUGCAGCCUCUCGCUCUGCCUGACCUACGCCUGCUACAGCCUCAUGGGCGGCCCCGGCACCGUCCGCUCCCCGCUGGCCGCCCAGGGCUCCCCCAGCCCCGCCGGCCACUCCGCCGCCGCCGCCGCCGCGCAGGCAGCCGCCAUCAGCCCGCCCGCCGCCACCGUCCCCGGGCGACCGGCCGAAGGCAACGCCAGCAGCUCCGCGGACGAGCUGGCGGACGCCACGGCCACGCCGGCCUGUGGCGAGAAGCGGCUGCCGCAGGCGCUGAUCAUCGGGGUGAAGAAGGGGGGCACCCGCGCCCUGCUGGAGGCGCUCCGGGCGCACCCCGACGUCCGCGCCGUGGGCACCGAGCCGCACUUCUUCGACCGCAACUACGGCCACGGCCUCGACUGGUACAGGGAGCUGAUGCCACGCACCCUGGAAGGCCAGCUCACCAUGGAGAAAACACCCAGCUACUUUGUGACCGGCGAGGCGGCCGGGCGCAUCCACGCCAUGGCCAAGGACACCAAGCUGAUCGUGGUGGUUCGGGACCCAGUGACACGGGCGAUCUCCGACUACACGCAGACGCUCUCCAAGAAGCCCGAGAUCCCCACCUUUGAGGUGCUGGCCUUCAAGAACCGGACUCUGGGGCUGAUCGACGCCUCCUGGAGCGCCCUCCGCAUCGGCCUCUAUGCGCUGCACCUGGAGAGCUGGCUCCAGUACUUCCCGCUGGCCCAGAUGCACUUUGUCAGCGGCGAGCGGCUCAUCUCGGACCCCGCGGGGGAGCUGGCCAAGGUGCAGGCCUUCCUGGGCCUGCGGAGGGUGGUGACCGAGAAGUACUUCCAUUUCAACCAGACCAAGGGCUUCCCUUGCCUCAAGAAGCCAGAGGAGAGUGGCGCGCCCCGGUGCCUUGGCAAGUCCAAGGGCCGGACUCACCCGGUCAUCGACCAAGACGUCAUUCAGAGGCUGCGCAAGUUUUAUAAGCCCUUUAAUGUCAUGUUUUACCAAAUGACAGGCCAGGAUUUCCAGUGGGAGGAGCAGCAGGCUGGGAUGUGAUGCAGCCGUGGCAAACGAAGCGGGUUUUUCUCCAGAGAUCCCCCUGCAGUGACCAGAGCCUGACUUGACUUCCGAGGGCCAACUGCCCCCUGACCCCAGCAUUGGGGAUGAGGGCUCAGCGGACUGAAGAGGCAGCCAAAGCUUUGGGGGGGGUCUCUUUGGCCCCUGAUUCCUCCCACUUUCUGAGACCAGGAAGGCGCCCCGAGAGCCCCCAGCCCUGCCUUGGAGACCCCUCUACUGUCCCGAGAGAAGAGGGGGGAGCUGGGCAUCCUUGCCCCCCAGCUGGGGAAGAAGAGCCAUUUCACACGUCCUGCAUCCUGUGCUG